UUUUGGAAAUCGUGUAUCCGGGCAUGGUUGGAUUGCGGUGCACAGUUUUCUAUUGUGACUGGUACGACAACACUCCGGAUCGAGGUGUCAGAACAGAUGCAUUUGGUGUCACAUCAGUACAUUCGAGGCGAAAACUGCCAUAUUAUGAUCCUUUCAUUCUUGCUUCUCAGGCCGAUCAGGUUUGUUAUAUCAAAUACCCCCGGGUUACGAACAGAGAUGAUCCAUGGGUUACUGUUACAGCACUCAACCCGAGAAGCCGAGUUCAAGGAAGUUCUGAGUUGGAAGACCCACUCCAACCAAACACAUCCGGCAACUUAAGUGCAGCAGGAGAUGUAGCUGCAGUUGAUCUUGUUAUCGAUUUCACCGAUUUUGGAGACGAAGCCGUUGUUCACGUCGAAGAUGAACCAGAGAUUGGAGAGUUUCACCAAGAUCCAGAUUCAGAUUCAUCUGGUGGUGAUGAUGGUGACUCGGGUUCAGAGGAUGAACCAGAGAUUGGAGAGUAGUAUAGUUUUUUUUUUUUUUUUUUUUUUUUUCAGAAUUCCGAGGAAAUUCCGAGGAUCUUGAGGGUUUCCUCGGAAUUUCCUCGGAAUUUUACCUUGUAAAAUCAGAUUUUAGGGAUUUGAUUUUAGGGUAUAGAUUCCUAGGAAUUUCCUGGGAAAAUUCCCAGGAAAUUCCGACGGAUAUCAGCAUUUCGUGGGAAAUUCCUGGGAAUUUUCCCAGGAAAUUCCUAGGAAUUCAGCAUUUCGUCGGAAUUUCCUGGGAAUUUUCCCAGGAAAUUCCUAGGGAAUAAGGAUUUAGAAUCGAAAACACCAAUUUACGGUUCCCAGAAGACUUACGUAAGCCUUAGUAAGUGUCUUCAAUUGAUUAUGGGACAAGACAUUGGUGUUGUACCAAUUAAUGGCCACUUUUCCGAUUGUUGCACCGAGAUCCCCAAACAGCAAUGCAAGAUAAACACUUAUACACUUUAAUGAACCUAAACGACAAUACUUAUACUCGAUUCAAUCAUUUUGUAAUUUGAAUGUUUAUUUGUCAUGUACUAUCAAUAUAAGUCUUGAGAAAACUGCCAAAUUGUUCAAGGAACGGUCUAAAGUUUGUAAAUCAUUAAUCCGAACCCCUAAACUAUGGUUCCUCGGAAUUUCCUGGGAAUUUUCCCAGGAAAUUCUGAGGAACCAUAGGAUUCCUAGGAAUUUUCUGGGAAAUUUCCCAGGAAAUUCCGAGGAACCCAUAAUUCCGAGGGAAUUCCGACGGAAUUCCUGAAUCCCUCGGAAUUCCGUCGGAAUUCUGGUAAACCGGUUCGUAAACCGAAAAUUCCGACAGAAUUCCGAGGGUUUCAUUUUCCGUCGGAAUUUUCGGGGUAAAACCAGAUCUGCGGAUCUUCUUCCCCAUUUCU